UCUCCUGCCUGCUACUUUCAUGGAUGCCGAGAACCCUAAACAAAAGGUGGAAACUCUUCGGGAGGAGUUGGAGAAGUUGCAGAAAGAGAACGAAGCUCUUAGGUUCACGUUUGAAGUAAUGAGCAGCAAGUACUGCAUGCUUCAUGAAGCCUAUGUCAGGGAAUCGAGCUCGCCGUUACCGGCGGUUCGGUUUGCGGCGGCGAGCUCCUCGCGAGUUUUUGUGGAAACAGAUCCUAGGGACGAAAGCCUGGUGGUUAAAGAUGGAUAUCAAUGGAGGAAAUAUGGACAGAAAGUCACUAAAAAUAAUCCAUCUCCCCGAGCUUAUUUCAAGUGUUCGAUGGCUCCUGGAUGCCCCGUCAAGAAGAAGGUUCAACGAUGCCUGGGAGACGAAGCUUUUCUUAUAGCAACGUACGAAGGGCAACACAACCAUGAUGUUGAUCCUACAACGGGACAAUCUUUGUCUUCUCCCGGCAGCUCCGCAGUAAUCUCCGGUAAGACACCGGCACGGGAGUAUCGUGUUCCGGCUGUCAAUAACCUGUUUCGACCUGGCAUCACUCCCGAUCUCAAUCUUUCGGGCUCCGACCAUGGAAACAACAACGACGACGAAAGAAUCGAAGACUAUGUUGCAUCCUUAACAAAAGACCCUAAUUUCACCGUAGCUUUAGCGGCGGCUGUUGCUCGCUCCGUCGCCGAGCAGCUUAAACCACCGACUCCAUAA